AUGUCACGACCGACACAGUCGCAAAGCCAGCGUUCGGAAGCAGAGCGUAGUAUUUCGUCGCCACCGGCAGACGAAAGCCAUUUGGUCCGGAACAUGGUGAAAACGAUACUGAAUUUGUCCGUCAACAAGUCGAUUAUCAAACGGUCUGAUAUUAGCCAUAUCGCACUGAAAGGUGAUGCUAGGCUUUACAACAGAAUAAUCCCGGAAGUGAUCGAUAUACUUAGAGAGGUGUAUGGAUACAAGCUGGUAGAUGUUGAUAGUAAAGGCCAAAAGACGAUGAUUUUAUGCUCCACGGUAGAAACCAGUUCGAUUGCCGAGCUGAAUGAAAACUAUCGUCGCCGGUAUACGCUUCUAGGCAUCAUGUUAGGCUACAUAUAUAUGAAAAAUGGAACCGUUCCAGAAAGCAUGCUGUGGGAUUUUCUUCGAACAAUCGGUAUCGAUGGGCAGCAGGAACAUGCUUAUUUCGGUGAACCGAAGAAGUUGCUUGAGGUUUUUAUAAAACAAGCAUACCUUAUGCGAUUAAAACAGUCCAUGGAGGGUAUGAACGAGGAAAGCAUUUUCCUAAGCUGGGGUGUCCGGGCGAACCAGGAAGUGUCGAAGAAGGAGAUGCUCGAAUCGAUGUGCAAGUUGAUGAACCGGAAGCCGAGUGAUUUUAAAACUCAGUACAUAGAAACGCAGGGGAUGGGCGAGGACAAUAUGUCGGUAGAUGGGGAGGAUGAGUCUGAGGAUGUAGAAUAA